CUGAAAGAAUGUUGUUGUAAUUCAACACUCUUUGUCAGUGUUUGGUGACUAGUCUGGUGAGGGUUUAAGCGGUUUGGGUGGUGGUGGAUUGCAAGUGUGAAGAAAGGAAGGCCUUGGAGUGGCCCCAGUUCACAAGUGGCAGUGCUGUGAUAGACUCUUUCAAAUUUGUUUUUGCUGUCAGACUGAUGGCUCUAAAGCCUACCGAUUUUGUUCAAGUUGUGUUAAUUACUCUUUACAGUCAGCAUAUCUGUAAAGAUGGUUGACAAGUCUUGGAGAUGACUGUGUAAUAAGCAUAUGUAUACAUAGUGGUGGAUAACUGGGAAAUUAUCUCAUUUCUCUGUGAUAAUAUUGAAAACUUUUACUGAAGAAAACUAUACCUGUAACAACAAAAUGUAUAAUUCACAGUGACAGCAUUCACACAGCAUUCAUAUAAGUAUCAAGAAUUAAUCUUUUAGACAGGAAUGCCAAUUUGGUAUACAGAGUUUUUCUUAAGAAAUAUUUUGCUUUUAUGUUACUAUUCCUGUUUUGAAACAUUUUUUCUUAAUGAUGGCUGGCAGAAGGGAUAACGAACAAAUUCUGAUUCAGAAAGCGACAGUUAUGAACAGUGGAAUACAAAGUUUGCACAAAAUUGCAAGCUUGGAUAGCCUGGACCUAGCUUCAAAAGGGACCCUGCCACAAGGGUCCACAUUCUGUCCACAAGAUGUUCAGUGCCAGUACCAUGAAAAAAACUUCAGAAGUACUUUGGCUUGGAAUAGACCUUUCGUUGAAAGAGAGGAAACAAAGGUUCAACUUCAUGGUGUCCAUCAGAACCCAGGACUAGGAUUUCCCACUCAGUCACUGUCUCAGCCAACUAGUCCUUUGUCUACAAGAAAAUUUGGCUGUCAGGCAUCUGUAUGUAAAACACAAGUGCACUGUACUACUACUGUUCAGUCCUCUCCAGAGCCUGUAAACAUUCCAAUAAGAAAAUACUUUUACAUGCCACAUGGUUAUAUUCUGCUGUCUCCUGUGUCACCAUUUGCACCUGUUUAUGAUCCUGUUGAUAAGAAUACGUUUGAAUCCAGUACCAUAACUUCUAGUAGAGCUGAAGUAUAUGACUUUGAGUAUCAUGGGCUACAUACAUCACCGCAAAACAUGAAUUGCCAGAAUAGUAAUACAUUAUUCGCCUACCCAAAUGUAUGGCCACCAGGAGAUACUCAUUUGGAAGUAGAUGAAGAGAACAAUGAAAUGCAAAAAAAUUAUGUUCCCCUAAGCCCUAAAUCUCCUGUACCAGUUAGAUAUGUUCCAUCCCCAGUUAGAUGUGAAAGUACAUAUUCUAGUAGAUCUGAUAGCUCUGGACAUCCCUGUAAAUUGUCACCUUUACCUGGGAGAAGUCGACCAAGAAAUAUCCCUUAUAAUGAGGACGUGCAGCCUCUCUUAUAUCCAAAUACAUCUUAUAAUAAAGCUACACCACAUUCAAGUAGAUCUGCAAGUCCAAGUAUAUUUCAUCCUUAUUCUUCAAGCCAUCGCUCUCCAGCAUCAUCAGAAUAUGAACAUUUGUCUUGGCAUUCAUCAGGAAAUUGUCGUCGUCGGCACUCAGAUAUUCAAGGAGGAUCUUCCGAGUAUCAUUUGAAACCACAAGAUAUGCGAAAGUUAUCUUCCCCUAGUAACACAUCUAUCCCAGUUAUUCAUUUGUCUCACUCUUAUAACAGUGAUGAUACACAAAGCAACAUUUCAAGUUUGCACUCCAGCUCAUGCCAGUGUUCACAGUGUAUUGACAGUAUUUCACCUCCGAGUCCCCAAAAAAGUCCACGAAAAAAUUGGUCUCUGAGGAAAUUUCUUUUAGAUCGCAUGCUGGCAUCAAGUCCUCAUUCCAGUUUGGGCUCCACUGCCAGUAUGGGGUCAAGAGGAUCUAUUGGAGAUAUGUAGGAUAUCUCUUGUGCCCUAGUUUGUUAUGAUUAAUAUUGAGAUUUUUUCAUAAAUUCUGAGAAUUACUUUUUGGUUAGAAAUUCCUUUUGCCUUAACACUAUGCUCUCCUUUCCAUCAUUUAUUUAUUUUUUUU